UGGAAUUGGCAAAUAGGUUCUUCUGCUGCUUUUUGUCGAGCUUUCAUUACAAGUGAGUGUCAUUCCUUUAUUACCCAUGAUCUCAAAGAAAGUGUUUUCUCCACAUUACAAUUCUUUGACUGUUAUCAUCUCUCCAAACACAGACUCCAUUGCAACGAUGACUGUCCACUACCAUGCUUCGACUGUGACAAACAUGGAAAUUGAAGGAAGUAAAAUCGGCUAUAAGCAGUUUCUCGGGGAUGGCAGCAACACCCGCAAUUCAGAGUUUGUGUUGAGGAACAGCUCCUACAGGGUUGCUACAGUUUGCCUCGGGCUCCUCUGUGUUCUCAUGCUGGCCGGUAUCAUAGGUCAGAGCAUCCACUAUCAAAAAGUCGAAAACAAAAACCAAGACAAUGUAAAAGUCAUCGACAAAGAGAAAGAGAACCUGCAGGACAGCCUGAAGUCAGUGCAGAAAGAGAAACAGGAUAUUGAAGCAAAACGGAUUCAGUUACAGAGAGAUAACAAUGUUUUAUCUCAAAAGAGAGACCAAAUACAGACAAACAACAAUUUGCUGAGCGAAGAAACUAACAAACUAAAGCUCAGCCAAAGCCAGUUAGAGACCACUAACAUUGCUUUGAACAAAAACAUUGAACAGCUGAGAGCCAGUAAAAGCCGGUUGGAUACCAAUUACAAUGUCUUGUCUGCAGCCAAAGAGCUGUUACAAAUACAAUAUGACACAGUGGUCAAACGUAAAGAUGAGUUACAGGGUAGUCAUGACUCGGUGACCAGGGAGAGGGACAAUUUACAUAACCAAUUCAAUAAUGUCACCAGAUCUAAAGAGAAACUGCAGAUGAGUUACAAUGACUUGAUUAAAGACAUAGAACAUUUGCAGGAGAGAUACAACACAUCUACCGGUGAAAAGGACACGCUAGCAAAAAGUCAUCAAAACCUAACAACAGAAAGAGACACUCUUCAGGAAACUUUCAACUCUCUUAAAAAAGCAGCAGACAUAUUGCGGGCUAAUUACGUGUCGUUGGCUGAGGAAAAAAAAGAGCUUGAAAGCAGCUUAAAUAAUGUGACUGCAGAGGGAGAAGUGCUAAUGGUGAAAAUCAGCAACCUGACUGCCAAGAGAGAUUAUCUCCAGGGCCUAGUUGACAAAAUGAACAAGACAAUGCAAGAUAAUAAGUGUGUCAAUGGCUGGCAGAAGUUCGAGAACAGCUGCUACUACACUUCUAAUGGCAAGAAAACCUGGCAGAAAAGCAGAGAAUACUGUCAAAGCAAAGGAGCUGACCUGGCAAUCAUCACAAGCCAAAAUGAAAUGAACUUCACCAAUGGCUUUAUUGGAAAGGACAAAGAAGUCUGGAUUGGAUUGGCUGAUGAAGGAGUAGAGGGCGAGUGGAAAUGGGUGGACGGGACACCACUGACCUUAGCGUUCUGGGGUGCAGGCCAGCCCAACAGCCAUAAAGGGACGGACCAGGACUGUGGGGAGUUCUGGCACCGUGCGUCAGGGAAAGGCGAAUGGAAUGAUGAGAACUGUAGUUUAGAACAAAACUGGAUUUGUGAAAUGUAGUGUUUUUCCUGUAUGGGCAGUUCUCUUGUUACUGUUGGCUACGUGCCUGACACUAAUAACUAUAAUCUUGAUAAUCACUCUGUUUAGUGAAGAGAGAUUCAACAUUGAGGACUGCUGUCAGUACAUUGUAAAUAAUGACAAUUUUAAUCACAGUGACUACAUUUACAUGGACACCAAUAUUUCAGAUAUUGAACUUAUUCAGAAUAAGACAAUCAUUUGAUUUUGGUGUUUUGAUGAGUUGCGUUAAGAAUAUAAAUACUGCGUCAUACAUCUGACUUUUCCGCAACCUUUUUGAAAAUAUCCCCAUUGCAUUUGCAUCCAAACCCUUCAAAAUAUCCAUUCCUCUUAAAAUGCAUAGCAUACUACUUUCUUCUCAUAGUGGCAGCCAUCCUGUGAACAGGACAUGCAUAUUCAAGCACCUGAUAAUGCUCUGUCCUUUUGUACAACCUUAUUCCGGCUGAGUAAUCAGAAAAGGUUGUUUACAAGGCAUGGUUUGAUUUAGACUGCUGCCUUAAUCAGGUUAAUGUUGGAAUAUUUAUACCUAUGUAAACAAAGUCAGCGUUUGCUUAGCAUUGCUCACAGCUAAAAAAUGAAUAGGAGUGAUGCGCAGUGAGUAAUGUAUUAUUAAGUUGGAUAUAGCAGCAGACCCAGCUGAUUAAAGUUGAGCAGACACAGGUUGAUGUAAAUUGUUUGGAACAGCUUGGUUAAAGGGUGACUGAGGUUUCCACAGAUAUCUGUACACACUGUGGGAACUGUUUAAUAGUAAUGAAGGGGAACAAGUAAUUUAUAUCUGUGAUGAUUCGAUAUAUUUACUAAAACAAUUCAAUGAAUGAUGAUUGAUAUAUAGUUUACAGUUAUCCAUUUAUAGAAAAAUACACUUUCAGAUUAUGUUAAGCUGAUUUGAUAUACAUACUGCACUUAAUGUAAUCACUUGACUAUAUGACUAAUGAAGGCAUUUCCCAUGUGCUGAACUAUUAAAGUGUUACCUUACUGA